ACUAGUUUUGAGAGUUUGAGAGUUGAGUUUGAAGAGAAAUGAGUCAAAUGGCGCCGAGAAGCGAGUCCUCCUCCCCUCGACGCCUCUAUGAUUUUGCCAAGAGUGCUCUCAUCAAGAUCUUCUCUCAUCCCUACGCCACCGUUUGCGAGCUCUAUUGUGGUGGAGGCGUUGAUGCUGACAAAUGGGUCGACGCUCAAAUUGCCCACUACAUUGGAAUUGAUGUGUCGUCGUCUGGGAUACGCCAAAUUCGAGAAGCCUGGGAGAGUACCAGGAAUUCUUACACUACUGAUUUCUUUGAGCUUGACCCUUGCAUGGAGAAUAUGGAACCACAUUUGGGGGAGAAGAAAAAUUCUGCUGAUUUUGUCUGCUGUAUGAACCAUUUGCAGAUGUGUUUUGAAACUGAAGAGAAAGCAGGAAAACUUCUUCAUAAUGUGUCAUCUCUGCUUAAGCCAGGGGGUUAUUUUAUUGGUAUCGUUCCGGACUCAUCUACCAUAUGGGCCAAGUACCAGAAGAAUGUUGAAGCUUGCCACAACAGAAGCAGCAGCAUGAAGCCAAACAUUGUUCCGAACUGCAUCCGGACAGAGAAUUACAUGAUUACUUUUGAAGUUGAAGAAGAAAAGUUCCCAUUUUUUGGAAAGAAAUACCAGCUCAAAUUUGCUAAUGAUGUCUCUACUGAAACUCAUUGCUUGGUUCAUUUUCCAAGUUUUAUCAGGUUGGGCAGGGCAGCUGGUCUUGAGUAUGUGGAGAUUCAAAACUUGACUGAUUUUUAUGAUGACAACAGAGCACUUUUAGCAGGCCUACUAUCGAACCAUGUUCCAAACCUUUUGGAUCCUAGGGGGAGACUUCUUCCUCGAUCAUAUGAUGCGCUAGGUCUCUAUUCCACAUUUAUAUUUCAAAAGCCUGACCCAGACGUUGAACCCCCUUGUACUCCAUGGAAAGUGCGAAAUGUCAUGUAUAACGAUGAGAGCUCUUAUCCUCAAGGGAUUUGUGAGUUAAAAGAAAACAUAAUGGAAGGAGAUGCAUCAUGCACCAUGGAUCAACCGCCAUUCUUUGAUGGUGAGGAGUACGAGUUAUGGGCUGCAAGAAUGACUACUCAUCUUGAAGCGUUGGAUCUCUGGGAAGCAGUAGAAGAAAAUUAUGAUGUUCCUGAACUAACUACAAUUCCUACGAUGGCUCAGAAUCACAAAGAGAAGAAGACAAAAAAUGCUAAGGCUAGAUAUUGUCUUUUUACUGCCGUGUCAGGAAUUAUAUUGACAAGAAUUAUGAGUUUGAGAUCCGCCAAAGAUAUAUGGGAUUAUCUCAAAGCAGAAUAUCAAGGUUCUGAAAGUACUAGAGACAUGCAGGUGCUCAACUUGGCUAGAGAGUUCGAGAUGCAGAGCAUCAAGGAGAAUGAAACCAUCAGAGACUAUGCUGACAGAUUGUUAAGCAUAGCAAAUAAAAUGCGACUUCUUGGUAAAGACUUUCCUGAUGAAAGAAUAGUGCAGAAGAUUCUUGUCACUAUACCUGAAAAGUAUGAAUUGAAGAUAUCAGGAUUGAAGGAGUCAAAACACUUGUCAGCCAUCAUCACCUUGGGAGAAUUAAUAAAUGCUGUAGAGGCACAGGAGCAUGGAAGAAUGAUGAGACAGGAAGAGGGGGUACAAGGUGACAUUUUUCCUUCAUGUCCUUAUUGCAAAAAGACAAAUCAUCCUCAAACAAAAUGUUUUUGGAGACCAAAUGUUGAGUGCAUAAAUUGUGGCAAUAUGGGACAUGUUGAUCGAGUCUGCAAGUCUGAACCGAAGGUGGCUAUGGUGACCAUGGAGGAACAAGAAGAUGGACUAUUUUUUGUCACAACGUGCUUUGCUACAAGCAACAUUUCAAGUAAUUCAUGGUUAAUAGAUAGUGGUUGUACAAACCACAUGACCAACGACGAGAAGCUAUUUAUAGAGCUUGACAAAUCAAUUGUUUCCAAAGUAAAAGUUGGGAAUGGUGAUUUCAUCUCAGUCAAGGGAAAAGGAACUGUUGUUAUUGAAAGCUUGACGGGUUUGAAAUAUAUCCCUGAUGUUUUAUAUGUCCCUGACAUUGAUCAAAAUUUGCUCAGUGUUGCACAACUUGUAGAGAAAGGUUUCAAAGUCAUAUUUGAAGAUAACACGUGUGUGAUAAAAGAUGCAAAAGGCAGCGACAUAUUCAAGGUGAAGAUGAAAGCCAAAUGUUAUGCUCUAAAUCUGGCAGAGAGAGAGUUUCCUAUCUUGUCAAUGGAAGACGGAAAACCGGGUCUAUCCUCCGCCAUAAUCGUCGCUGAUGAUCCCAUAGCCAUGUCUCCUACACUCAAUCAUGUUAAUGGUCUGAAUCCCGCUGUUGGCUCGGAUGAUGUUGUAGAACCUACAAUUCAUGCCAUGAUUUCAGACGACAAUCACACCACGAGCAUAAGCACCAUGAUGAGGACCUCAAGGUCAAAGUCAUUAAGCAUGCAGAAUAAUAUUUCAGCGGUUGUUAAUUGUUGAUGAGAAAAAGGAAGGAUUUGUUCGUUAUUGCUUCUUCUGUUGAGUUUCGUCAAGAAAAACAGGCAAUGAUUUGUUCCUAUAUUAGUUAUUGGUUCUUUUAGAAGAAUGUAGCUAACAAUCAUUACGCACACAAAAUAAUAUUUGAGCGAUCGUUAAUUGUUGAUGAGAAAAGGGAAGGAUUGGUUCGUGAUUGCUUCUUAUGUUGAGUUUCGUCAAGAAAAACAGGCAAUGAUUUGUUCCUAUAUUAGUUAUUGCUUCUUUUAGAAGAAUGGAGCUCAUAAGCAUUUAGCAUGCAGAAUAAUGUUUUAGCCAUCGUUUAUUGUUGAUGAGAAAAUGGAAGGAUUUAUUAGUUAGGCUAAAAAGCACUUUUGACCCCUGAUGUUUCAAGUUUGUGCAAAUUCCGCCUCUACUCUAUUUUUGUCAAUGUUUCUACCCCUCGUGUUUUCAAACAGUGCAUCGUCUACCCCUCCGUCAGUCACACGUUGAAAAACUAAUGGAAUGAGCUUAUUUGACUUUUUUUUAUAUAGAUUUUGGACCUACCACGUGGAAAUUACAAUUGAAAUUGGAAAAAAUGGCAUGGGAGAUUCAAACUCAAGACCUGUAAGUAGCAAAACAUCCAUUUAACCAGUUCAGUUACAUACAUAAUUGAUAUAUAAAUUAAGCAAAUUUAAUUUAUAUCAUUUCCUUGAUCAUUAUCAACUUGAUAUACUCAUCUUCUUCUCUCCAAUCCACUCAGGAACCUCUCCUGAGAAAGUCUGACUGAUAGAGGGGUAAACGGUGCAUUGUUUGAAAACAUGAAGGGUAGAAACGUCGACAAAAAUAGAGUAGGGGCAGAAUUUGCACAAACUUGAAACAUCAGGGGCCAAAAAUGCUUUUUAGCCUAUUAGUUAUUGCUUCUUUUGUUGAGUUUCAUCAAGAUAAAACAGGCAAUGAUUUGUUCGCAUAUUAGUUAUUGCUUCUUUUAGAAGAAUGGAGUAGCUCACUAUAGAUCAUUCAUUUAUUGUUGAUGCACUAAAGGAGUCUUCACGGCUCGUUCGUAGUCAGAGGUGAUGAGCAAAGGGUUAAGCGGCUCAAUCCACUUUGUUUCAAUGAAUGUAGACAUCCUAAAUUAUAUACCGUUUUGGUAGAGAAUUUGCCUCAAUAUCGUUCGAAGGAAAAUAGUCAGAAAAUAUUUUGUGAAGUUGGAAAUGUAAAUAGAAUAACAAUUCAUGACCCGUCUUCUAUUGGAGACUGAAUCAGGAAUUUUCAGCUAUUAAAGUUAGUAG